CCUAGCUUGCUUCUGACCACCGCAUCCAUCACAGCGCCCGAGCCCAGAUCGACUCUAGCUUAAUUACUAGCAGAGGAGAGGAGUUCGCCGUCGGGAGGAAGAAGAAGAAGAUUUGUGAUGGGGAGGUCGCCGUGCUGCUGCCACGACGCCGGCGUGAAGAAGGGGCCGUGGACGGAGGAGGAGGAUAAGGCGCUGGUGGAGCACAUCCAGAAGCGCGGCGGGCACGUCGGCAGCUGGCGCGGCCUGCCCAAGGCCGCCGGGCUCAACCGCUGCGGCAAGAGCUGCCGCCUCCGCUGGACCAACUACCUCCGCCCCGACAUCAAGCGCGGCAACUUCUCCGACGACGAGGAGCGCCUCAUCAUCGCCCUCCACGCCGGCCUCGGCAACAAGUGGGCGACGAUCGCGACGCACCUGGAGGGCCGGACGGACAACGAGAUCAAGAACUACUGGAACACGCACAUCCGCAAGAAGCUCCUGCGCAUGGGCGUCGACCCCGUCACCCACCAGCAGCUGCCACCCGACCACCACCUCGACGGCGCCUCCGCCUCGCUCCUCCCCGAGGCGCUCCUAUGGGCGGCGGCCGCGGCAAGACUCGGGGGCCUAGACACCGGCGCACUCAGGCAGGCGCAGCUUCUGCAGCAUCUCCUCCAUACCAUCGGCUCCAACAACGACGCAACUAACCUCAUCGCCAACCUAGCUGCAGCAAACUCAGUGCUGAACUCAAGCAGCAGGAUCGUUCCAAGCCACCUGCUCCAGGAUCAAAUGAACAUGUUGUCUGGUACGAACUAUCUGCAGCCGGGCUACCUCUGUAACACCACCUCCAAUUUUACAGAGCAGGACGUGGUGCAGCAGCAGCUGAUCAAGGAUAUGUCUCCUGGAACGAGCACCUUUGAAGCAGCUGGACCAGCUGAUCAGCACUGCAACACUACUGCUGCAUUCGCAGCGCGUGAUGUUGCACCGGCGGUUGACAUGCUGCCGGUGCAGGAGUUUGCCGGCUUGAUGGAGCCCAUGGAACUACAACUACCCAAUCUAUGCUCACUGGAGAGCGAUUCUUUCUGGAAGGACCUACUGGAGGACGGCUACCGUUUGUAGUUCCAUUUUCCGGAUGAAAUAGAUGUGUUGUGUAUGAUAGUUUUGUACAUAAUCUAUAACGCGGUUGAACUUCAUGCAACCAGGCCUGAUACAUGUAGAGAUCGGUGUUAGAUUCAUCAUAGAGGUGUAGAUGAGAUGAUACAACAUGCAUUGAUCUGUUUGUGUGUUUAUUAUGAUCCUUGCAAUAGAUUCAGUUUUUGUCAUUGUGGCUGAAGGUUGUCAAUUGCUGAUUUGAAGUGACUCGUGAUGUCAAUUAACAUAUUGCCACUCAGCAACUAUAAUGAGAUU